AUGUCUCGACACGGGUUUGAGGGCGAAACAGAACUAAUGAACAGUAGCACCAAGGCAGAUUUAUAUUCAAAAGUUGUUGAAAACUUUGUCAAAACUUCCUGUUUACAAAAACUUAUAAAGCAAUUUGGUUUCAGAGCUAAUAAAUCAACAGACGGUGCUGUUCAUGAGCUAGUUAAUUUUAUCGUUCGCGGUUUGGACGAUAAGAAGAAGUGUCUUUCCAUCUUCUUGGACCUGACUAAGGCUUUUGACACAGUCUCGAUCCCACUUUUACUCAAAAAGCUUGAGGGCGUCGGGAUAGAUGAGUCUACCCCAAAUACACCAAACAGUCCAUUUAAUGUGUCAGUGGUAAAUAAUGACGAAACGCAUACUUUCCAAAUUUUAGACUCCGUUAGCGAUAUAGUAGAUUUGACACCAAAGCCAACCCAAACUAAAAAGACAAAGACCAGAAAGUUGGACAUUGAUUCAGCCAUUGAUAGAUUAGAUGCUAUUGAUAAAAGAUCUAGGCAAUAUGAGGACGAUUUGGACAUGUUUGGGAAGAAGCACUCCGGAAUCGAUUCAUUAUGGGCAUUCGUGUCGGGGCCCGAGAAGGACAAGCUCUUCGUACACGACCUUAAGGACUCGACUCUGGCCAAGGCGGUCGAGUUGGCAGAGAGCGUAAGCAGCGCACGCGCCGGCGCCGCUGCCGUACAACCCGCGCCGAUCCAUGAUCAGCUGUCCAGAAUUGCGCCGACGCGGAACGCCGUGCGUGUAAAAAAAUUAACUACGUGGAAUCGGGUGCUGUGGACGAGGGCGAUGACGAUGACGUUACAACCUCAAUAUUUGGCUGUGUUUUCGGACAAUCUUGGACUAUUUAACAAAUACAAAAUGAGUUUCCAAUUAAAAGAAAACGCAAAACCUGCAUUUAUUCGAGCUCGGCCAACAGCCUUCGCUCUGAGGGACAAAUUAGAUAAAGAGAUUGACCGACUGUUGGCGUUAGGCGUUUUAAAACCGGUUGACUACGCACGGGCGCUAGUGGUGUGUGUGGCUCUAGCGGGCUUCGCCGGCGGGUACCUGCUGCCGUACCUCGUGGACGACAUCAAGAACUUCGCGUCCGCGCUACGUGAACUACCUCUCGGGUAUAAAGUCCAAGAUGCCGAGGAGUUCGACUACAUCGUAGUAGGCGCUGGCGCAGCGGGUAGCGCAGUAGCCGCGCGACUCGCACUCGCCGGACACAGCACGCUACUCAUCGAGGCCGGGGGCGACCCCUCGCCAAUCACUAAGAUACCGAUGGCGUCAAUGGGUCUACUGGGCUCGAAAGAUGACUGGCAGUACCCCACACUUUCAAACGGCGUGUCGUGUUUGGGCUCCGAGGACAAGUACUGCCGUUUCAGUCGAGGGCGCGCUCUCGGCGGCUCUACUUCUAUCAACUACAUGCUUUACGUGCGUGGUAAUCGCGCAGACUACAAUGAUGCGCCUGAUUGGAGCUGGCAACAUCUACGUCCAUACUUUCUGCGUUACGAGGGGCUUCAAGCGACGUUGCCUCGUUCCAGCGCACCCUACCACAACGCCACUGGUACCAUGAAGACGCAGUUUUUUGAGGAUCCACAAAACAAGUGGCAUAAACGAAUCAUAAAUGGUUUCGAAGAACUGAAAUUUCCUUUCAACGUCGAUGUGAAUGCUGAGUCACAAAUCGGCAUUUCGCGUCUCAUCGGGUACACGUUCGCCGGCGAGCGCAUGAGUACCGCUCGCGGAUACCUCUCGCGCGACGACGUUAAAAAAGUGCUCAAGGUCGCAAAAUUCACGCGGUGCACUGGAGUAAUCAUCGAUGACAACAACGUCGCUAGAGGGGUCACUAUCGUUCGCGAGAGCAUAGGAACAAAUCAAUCAAUCAAUUUGUUCGCGCGAAAGGAGGUGAUCCUCAGCGCAGGGGCAAUCGGGACGCCGCAGAUCCUAAUGUUGUCAGGCAUCGGUCCUUUUGACCACCUGCAGUCUCUGGGUAUACCGGUGCGGGCCGAUCUGCCAGUUGGCGACGACCUCAGCGACCAUGUGCUGCCACUAAUAUUCGUAAAGGUAGAUCGCAACCUCCUAAAAGCGACGGCGGCAUUGACCGCAGCGCCGGUGCAAGUCGCGCAGUAUAUGACAACUCGCAGUGGGCCCUUCGCCUCCAACGGCCUCACCGACAUCUCGAUUUUCAUGAAUACUUUUUGUUACGACAACGGAACUCGUGCGCUUCGCAAUGAUAGCCCCGAAUGUGAAGUGCCCACAAUGCAGCUAAUCAAUGCCUACGUGGAGCGCGGCAUACUGGCUUCCGCCAAGGCGAUUUUUAAGCGGUCCAUCCGCCUUAACGACCAAUUAAUUCAGCAAUUAGCGACGGUGAAUGCGCAGAGCGCGAUACUCAUCAUCUCGCCGGUAGUGCUGGAUCCAGCGUCGCGCGGCAACGUGCGUCUCGCAAGUGCCGACCCUCUUGCCUAUCCCGCUAUCUUCCCGAACUUUUUGUCCGACGAGCGUGACGUGGACGAAAUGUUACGAGGAAUUACGGUCCUCGAGCACCUCAUGGAGACGAAAGCGUAUGGGCAGCGAGGCGCGCGCCUGCUGCACCUAAAGCUGGACGGAUGUCCGCCAUAUGAGGCGGGAGCCGCGGCGUACUGGCGAUGCUAUGUGCGCCAUUUGACUUUCUCGGUAUUCCACUCGACGGGCACGACGGCUCUGGGGCGUGUGCUGGACGCGCGGCUGCGUGUGCGCGGCGUGUCGCGUCUGCGUGUCGCUGACUUGAGCGUUCUCCGCCGGACACCGCGCGGCAACACCGCCGCCGUCGCCAUCGCGCUCGGCGAGCGGCUCGCUGAUUUCUUGCUACUUGACGAUGAUAACGGCCAUUAG